AUGCUCCAACAACUUUUACAAGGGCAAGCCAAAGGUUCUCUGGAAAUGAACAACAAGCUGGUUGAGAUACACUCUAAACUAGAGUCAUUGACUUCAAGAGUCCAAAUCAUUGAGUCUUCAAGUGCAUCAUCCUCUUCACCACAAGAGUAUGCCCAAGCAGUUACACUAAGAAGUGGAGCAAUUCCCGAAGCUCGAUCGAGCCAGAAGAGAGCAGACAAAGCAAACUCCAGCCAACCAGCUAAACCUGUUGCAAAGAAGAAAGACACUCCAGCAGGACCACCACCAUACAAGCCCCCUCUGCCCUUUCCAGGAAGGUUCAAGAAACAACUGUUGGAAGCACACAAGGCCAAGUUUGAUGAACUAAUGAGACAGCUUGAGCUGAAGUUGCCCUUCAUCGAUGCCUUGAUGCUCAUUCCACCUUAUCAGAAAUUUCUGAAGGAUGCUGUUCAGCAAAGAACCAGGGAAGCACAAGGGAUGGUAGUGUUGACUCGCGAGUGCAGUGCAAUCAUUCAGCGGAAGUCUCUGCGAUCUAGGAUCAUCGUCAGCCUCAUGCCUUUGUCUGUAGCAAAGAGACUGGGAUAUCACAAGUACCAAGCCUGCGGAAUCUCACUAGUCUUGGCAGAUAGAUCGAUAAGGUUACCAACUGGGAUGCUUGAAGACCUGCCUUUGAGGAUAGGGAAUGUGGAGAAAUCCCCACAGACUUCAUUGUGCUUGAGAUGGAUGAGGAACCAACAGAUCCAUUGA